AUGUCUUCUGGUGAGAAAAAUAUUGACAAGUAUACCGCGGUCUUAGUUGCGCAAUACUUGAAGAAACAAGGCUAUGAUGAGACGUUGAAAUCAUUUUUAAGGGAAACAUCUAUCCCUGUAUCUGUGACAGGAAGUGAUAACAAUUCGGACUCUAAUAUUCAUAUCGAUGAUCUAAAGUCAAUUAUAUCCGAUAGGAUAGGUUAUAACGAUCAUGUUCUAGACUCUAAACUUAAGGAUCUUACUUUGAACGAGGAACUACCGCCAAUCGAUAAUGAGAGAUUUCACAUAAAGAGAUGGAAUUUUGAUUGUAAUUUCGAUAAUUUUCAAUCUUUUGCCUUGGAUGGAAUUCCAAUUAUGGUAAACUUUUGUAGCAUCGAAUCAAACAAUUUAAUGGUAUCUACAUCAUCAAGACGAUUAGAAAUAUUUGAUGCUAAUUUACAGAUGGUAUCGCAACUUACUGAUCAAAAUAUGAAAUCUUUGGGUGUGGUUAAAUUAGCUGGAUCUAUUCCAGGUAGUGAUAUCAUUUACGUUUGUUUAAUGUCCGGUCAUAUAUAUCUGUUUGAUAAGACCUACAAACUUAUUACCGGGUCUUCCUUUAAACCUCAUGGUAGAAUGAUCACUCAUAUUCAAUUUUCCAAAAUGGAUGAUAACAAAUCGUGGUAUGUUUUAACGACUUCAAUGGACAAUACUAUGAAUUUAAGCAUAUUGAAGCUAAAGGAUAAUACCCCUACCUGGACCGUUACUUCAACAAUAAAAUUAUUAUCUGCAUGCACGACUUUAAACAUGUCCAAAACAAAGGUUACAAUUAAUGGGAAAACUGUUUCAAAAACAGUAAUUUUAUUAACCAGAAUGGAUUUCACUCAUAUUGUUUGUUACACUUUGGAUGAUUCUGACAUUUUACAAAAUUGCUUCAAUAUUGCUUUAAACAAUGCUCAAUUUAGUACACAUUCAUUUAAUAUAAGGGAUCUUAUAUUGAUUAACACUACUUUUGCGGACGGCUCACCAGUAAUUAACAAUGGAACACUAAUAGGCGUUGCAACUUCUCAUGUUCCAUACCUAAGACUAAUUCUGCUAGAAUUCCCUAAGAUGGAGACUUAUUUUCAGAAAAUAAAUGAUAACAAACAAGAGAAUACAGGUAUUACUACUUAUUAUGAUAAAAUAUUGAGAAAUAUGGCAACACAACUUCCACAGGACUCAUAUUCACAACCAAUUAUGAGGUAUAUCCCAAACCCUAACGGUAUUAUCAUUGGAACGGACAACGGUCUGUACGCUAUUGAUUUAUUUAACGGAGAAUCAUGGCAACUUGACAUGCAUUGUGAUAUAAAUGGACAAAGAAUCAAAUCCAUGGAAAUCAAUUUUUCGAAUUCUGCGUUAUUAAUUGGUACAGCAUCAAAAUCAUUUCAUCUGUUCAAGUUAAGAUGA